CACCACACUCGUCAUUAACAGGGCCUUGGCUGUAAGAACGAUGGCUGGGUACUGCUGGGGUUCACAUUCAGCUCACCGGAGCACAUGUGCAAGUUCGGGGUCGCGAGGCUCUGCCUCAGCCAAUUGAUGUGCUACUGCAAGCUACCGCAAUGUGGUGCGGGCUCAGCCUACUACCCUUCAGGACGACUGCAAAACGUGAACUUGGUACCUUUCCAGGCCUCUCCAGGGGGCUUGAGCGGACUGCUGUGACUGCUGUGUGGCGGCGGGUCACGGGUGCUGCACUGGAGUACGCGGGCGCGCCUGCCGUCGCCCCUGCUGGGGCCGGCGUCGCCUCAAGAGGCGGCCGACCGGUUUGCGGCGGCGGUGGCCCUUCUCCCCGCUGGCUGGGCUGCCGCCGCGCGUGCCGCCCAGCUGGCUCGGGGGCUUGCCGCCGCGCUGCCGCUCCCGGCGGCCGACAUCGUGAGUGCUACGGCGGAAUCGGUGCAACAGGUGGUGCGGGGGCUUGGAUGGUUGCAGUGCGGGGGGCCGCCCAUCCUGCUCACUGCCUACGCGGUGAAGGCGGGGACCGUGCUACAAAUGGCUCCACAGUUAGCCGCCCUGAAGGCUAAGCAUUUACAAUCUGUGUGCGACGCGGGUGUGUCGGGGGUGGAGGCUGCCCUGGCGGCGGGGGCCUUCGUGUGCACUUUGGCCCACUUGUGGUCGCUGAAAUGGGAGAAUCAUCAUAAGGAAGCACUGUGGCGUGCGGCCGCCAACGCUUGCUGGGCGUUUCCACGGCAUGCUAGCGAGCGUGCGCGCGGCGUUGCUGUUGACCCGUGUUGGGCGUGUGGAGUUGACAUGCAGGAUGGGGACCGGCGUCACUGGUUUUGGGACUGCACUGUUGCGCUGUCCCUGCGGGAAAACAUGGGGAUGGCUAUGGGUUUCAUGCCAGAGGAUGCUCUAAGUGCCUUCUCUCGCGAGGAGUUGUGGUUGGUGCGCCCGCCUGCGGGGCUUGCGCCACCUGUGUUGGAUGUGGUGUGUCUCGCUGCUGUGUCUGCCCUGGACUUUGGUCGGCAGCGUAUGGUUAUGGCCGGGCUGGCGGCGCGAGCGAAGCUGCCGUCGGCCCGGGUGCUGCGCAUUGGACUUGCCGUCGUAGCUUAUUUCUGGGGUCGUCUCCAGACGUUUGUGACUUUGGGUAUCAGGCCAAAGGGUUGGGACACUGUGCCGUCUGCGCACCCUUUCAUCUCUCGGGCUGUUGGUGAAGGCAUGGUCUUGCGCUUGCCGUAUGAUGCUGAUUCCCCGCCUCCCUCGCCGUGCGAGGUUGUGCAUGGUUGGUGGCUUUGUGUGUGGGCAGGAUGCACGUGUGGGCGACCGUUCUAGUGCCUGGACGCUUGCGCCCUGGUUAGUGCGUGCGCUGUGCGUGUGUGCUGCGGCGUGGACGUUUCCCGGCACUCCUGUGCCUAGGCUUGUGGCGUUGAGGCACAGCGGUGGGGCUCUGGCGGGUUGAGGCUUGGCUAGGACUCACUGUGCGCGGAGUCACGCGGACUUUGACCGCGGGAGGGUUUGCAGCAAAGUCGGGGUUGGUGGAGUCAAGUUGGGCCCUGAUAGCAUGUGAUGGCUCGGCGUCUUCGGGUGCUGGGACUGUCCCCUCUGUAACAUCCGCAUUCU